AUGAGCUCAACAUUCAUGGUGGAAAAGGAGCGGCAGAACGCAGAAUCUAGCACGCUGUCAUCAAUACAUGUAACCAAUAUUCCGAAUGACCCAGAAAGCCCUGCCCUACCAGAAAAGGUAGAUGCCGAGGAACUCUACCUGGACGAUGAAGCACAGUACCCUCAUGGUAUCAAGCUAUUCAUAAUUGUUGUGGCUCUUGGUAUGAGCAUCUUUUUGGUUGCCCUUGACAUGACCAUUGUUGCGACGGCUAUUCCUAAAAUUACCGAUCAAUUCCACAGUCUUGAUGACGCUAGUUGGUAUGGUUCGGCUUUCCUGAUGACUACUGGAGGCUUCCAAUCAACUUGGGGGAAAAUAUACACAUAUUUCCCGCUGAAAAUCUCGUUCUUGCUUGCGGUUUUCAUUUUCGAGCUUGGGAGCUUGAUUUGUGGUGUAGCUCCAAGUUCCGUAGCACUGAUUGUUGGUCGUGCAAUUGCUGGAAUCGGUGCCGCUGGUAUUGGGAGUGGGGUCUUCAUCAUCAUCGCCUUCGUUGCCAGUCCAAAAAGGCGGCCGCUCUUCACCGGUAUCAUCGGCGCGUCUUACGGUAUAGCCUCGGUCGUUGGCCCCCUUGUUGGUGGUGCAUUCGCCGAUAAAGUAACUUGGAGGUGGUGCUUCUAUAUCAAUUUACCCAUCGGAGGCCUCGCCGCUGUUUUCAUUGGUUUUUUCUUCCAUGCACCUGAUAGCGCCUCGACAGCCAAGGGUACGUUAAAGGAAAAGCUCUUGCAGAUAGAUCCUAUCGGGACGAUCCUUCUAAUCUGUACCAUCAUUUCAUACAUCUUGUCACUGCAAUACGGUGGACAGACGAAGGCAUGGAGCUCCAGUACUGUGAUAGGUCUUCUUGUCGGCUUUCCUAUCAUGACUAUUGCCUUCAUGGCGUGGGAAUGGUUCCAAGAAGAACGGGCUGCGUUUCCGCCGCGCUUGAUGUCAAACUGCCUCAUCCUUGUGAACUCAAUCUACGCAUUCUUUUUCGCAGGCUCGUACUUCAUCAUAGUAUAUUACCUGCCUUACUAUUUCCAGAGCAUUCAAAACGUUAACCCUACUAUGUCUGGUGUACGAAACCUUCCCUUGAUUGUCUCCAUGUCGCUAGCUAUCAUUAUCUCUGGUGGCAGCAUCACCAAAACUGGUCAUACUGCGCCUCUGAUGGUUGUCGGCGGUUUUCUGGCAAUCAUUGGUUCGGCACUAUUGUACUCGCUGGAUAUUGGUACAAGCACAGGCAAGUGGAUUGGAUACCAAAUUGUCAGUGGAGUUGGAUGGGGAUUAGCCUAUCGGGUUCCCAUCAAUGCGGUGCAUGGUGCAGUGGGUCCCAGUGAUAUUGCAACCGUGACAGGUGUUAUCGUCUUCUUUCAAACUGUCGGGGGUGCGGUUUUAGUGGCUGCAGCACAAUCUGCCUUUGUCAACCAGAUUAUUAUCACACUUGCCGCAACUGCAGCGAGCAUCGAUUCAUCCUUAGUGGUUGCGACUGGUGCCAGUGAACUGCGAAAGAUCUUUACAACCGAACAGCUGGCGGCUAUUUUGCCUGCUUAUAUGAAAGGUCUUAAGGUGGCUUACGCUAUUUCGAUCACUGCGGCGGGAAUCGCUUUCUGUGUCAGUCCCUUCAACAACUUUAAGAAAAUUGACGCCCAUGCAGAAGCUCAAGGAUCUCCAAAUGCCCCCGUUGGUGCAGCUAUGUAA